UUACCGAGGUCUGCCCGAUUUCCGCCAUCGGUCUACCCGCGAUGGAACAUUGCUGAGCUUCUUCCCUAUUUAAGCAUGGAUUGACUCUGACGCCAAUCGAUCUUCUGACGCUUCUUUUAUAUUAUCCAAGUCGAUUCUUCAUUUUCGAUCCUUUGAAAUUUGUCUAUCAGUUUUUCUAGCGCGGAGAUGGGAAAGAACCAGACCUACAAAGCUAUGCAGAGGGCAAGGCUCUCGGGACCGGUCGGCGCGGAGGACGUGGAUGACGGAAUGGUUGAUGGCACAUUUCAUUCACCAGAGUGGCAUGCUGCUCGUUUGGCUAGCUUGAAUAAAUCCCACACAGUAACAUGGGAAGAAUUCAAAAGGAAACAGAAGGAGGAGGAACUUAGGAAGGGUGAGCUGGAAGCUGACAAGGACAGAAUGAUGAGAGAAUAUAGGGCACAGCUGGAUGCUGAUAGAGCUCGUAAACUCGCAGUUGGAAAGAACCAUUCAGGCUUGAAGUUGCAUCACAGUAAAGUGAAGAGGGACAAAGAUUCAAAGAAAGGAAGUACAAAGAAAAGAAAGCAUAGAAGGAGGUCAUCUGAUUCAAGUUCCAACUAUUCAGCCUCCGAAUCCUCGAGUAGUGAUUAUGAUGAGAGGGAGUCAAGGAGGUCAAGAUCAAAAAGAGCAAAGAAGGAGAAAAAGCACCGAUCGAAGUCCAAGCACUGCAGUAGUGGCAGCGAAGAAAGUGAUGGCCCAAUUCGUCUUUCAACAUUUUUUGAAAGUGUAAAGAGCUAAGGUAAAGUGGCUAAAUUUCAUAAACUCCAAUCAUCCAAACCACUUUGAAUUGUUGGGAUUAUUCCAAUAUUGUAAUUGUUUUUUAAAAAGUUAAGAAUGAACAAUCCCAAUUAUAUUCAAUGAAUUGGAUGGCUGAGAUUGGACAACAUUACCGACCAAUUAUCAAGGUAAGGUGGCUUUGCAAGUUUAUGGGAUGCUUGGAGAAAGAUAAUGUGUAAUUACAUGUAUUAUUUGUGCCAUUAAUUGACAAUUUGAAGAUAACAAUGCUACUUGUAUUUAUGGCAAUAUUAGUUGCUAUGUCCAUCAGUCUACCUACAAGAGCAUUUGUAUCCCGCGUGUGAGAUACCGUAAAUAAUUGGAAAUUAAGUAGGUGAUUUGACAAACUUGUUCACAAAACAUUUAAAUAUUUGCAUUAUCAUAU